CCCGUCUCGACUUGCCCUCAUCUGUCCGAAGGCAACGGCUAGAGCUUGCUCUCGCUUGGUCAUUGUUCGGCGCAUCUGGAGCAGAGCUGACCCCUCCGCACGAAGCCUCCCAGCGCUAGCGCACUAGUGGAUCGGCGAAUUGCUCCUGCUCGAAUGAAUGAGGACCAAAACAAUAUGGACGAGGACGAUGUUGUUGUGUGGGAAUGGUUUUCCGACCAUGGACGAUGGCGAGCUUACGAUCCGUCCGUGGUCGUCGAAUUGGAAGCGGCAUAUGGCAGAGAGACUACCCUGGCCCUGGCGGAUGUUGACCCAGCCUUGUCAUCUUAUGAAAUAGAUUUUUCGGCCAUGCAACAGUAUCGGACCACGUCAGGCAAUGCCAGGCCAAUCAGGAGAAGGACGCUACCAGGCAGUUCACCAGCAGGACAAGGUGUUGAAUGGCAGUGGGAAGACAACAGCGGAUGGAUCCAGUAUGACCUAGACACAAGUACAAUAGUAGAGGAUGCCUACAGCAAGAAAUUGCACUCCAUAGACUUGUCAAGGACCAGGUGUCACUUACCUUACAUCAUAGACUUCACUCAGAUGAUGCAGAUACGUAGGACUUCAGGGUUUAAGCGGAAACUACGGCGGGUGGUACUAGCCGAGUCAUAUCCCAAGGUGACCAAUGUUGUGUCACCGAUCGAGGUAUCCAGUGGUAGUGAGAGUCCAGAGCUGAGUGCUGUUUUAGAGGUGGACCCAGGAGUGGUUGAUGAGGCUGUUGUGAAGGAAAGUGAGAAUGCGAAUGUGACGUUAGAAUCAUGCCAGAUUCAAAUGACAGAUGAUGUAGGUGGAGAGCAGCUUUCAGAAGCUGUAGAACUAUCCAGGCCAACAUCGUUAUCAAUAUCGGAACCCAUCAAAGAAACAGACAUAGACAGUGUAAUUUCACCAAGCCCUGCCACAUCAACAACACCAAAUGUGCCUCAGGUAAUGGAGCCGACAUCCACGGGAACUGCAACGCAGAGAGCAGGAAAGAGAACUCACAGCAAGCGAUCUUCUUCUCGUAAAGCCGUAGCAGCGACAAGAGAUGUGCAGGCCACAGUAGCAUGGACGAGUCCAGGAGAUGCGGAUGUUGCCAGUACAAGUUCAGCAGGUUCCUCUACAGGAAGUGCAGGGAGAAGCAGCUUACCAAGAUCAGUGAGCGUACCAGCAUCCAUGGCUUCUGGUCAGUCAAGCGAGGGCAGCAAGAAGCACACCACGGCUAGUCCAAGCUCUGGUUCCGGUCUAGGAAUGCCACCUCUCACCCAGAGUGCGACCAUGUCUCAGCUGGCCACUGCAGCUGCUGCUACAACAUCAAGGAUGAGAAAGUCUCACUCGACACCCUGUACCAUCCAGACUAGGACAGCCAAUGCAGCGGGUGCAAGGCUCAGCCCAGUUAUGACAGCUAUGACGAGCAUUUUGCUCUCCACAGCCUUGCCCGUCAAGCUGGUACCCGUCAGGACACCCAUCUACUCCCCGCCCAACUCUGGAGGGAUCCGCCCGGUGGAGGGGCUCAAACCACGCAAGAAGAAGAGGAAGAUAUCGCUCAGGGGAAAGACGGCGGAGGAAGUGAUUGGGAAAUAUGUUGAGAAAGAGGAGAGCCCUCCUGAUGAGGAAUGUCCUAUAUGUUUUGAGAAGCUGUGCAAUAUAUCACAUUACAACGAGGAUGAGGAAGAGGGAGAAAGUGUUCUUAAACUCGAUAGAUGCGGUCAUCUUUUUCAUCAAAGCUGUCUCUAUGCAAUGUAUAACAGUGGACCAAAGGAUGGUAGUAUACAGUGUCCGACCUGUAAAGCCAUUUAUGGUGUGAAAUGUGGCAAUCAACCUCCUGGGUCUAUGGACUAUCAUGUCAUACCGCAUUCCCUACCAGGAUUCUCAUCAUGUGGGACUAUACGUAUCAUCUACAAUAUACCACCAGGAACACAGGGUCAGGAACAUCCAAGUCCCGGCAGAAGAUAUUCAUCUAGGGGAUUCCCCAGAAUGUGUUAUCUACCAGACAAUGAAAUAGGAAGAAAGAUUCUCCAGCUUCUCAUCAUUGCUUGGGACCGGCGGCUCAUCUUCACCAUCGGCACCUCGGUCACGACAGGGGAACCCAACACCGUGGUCUGGAACGAGAUCCACCACAAGACCGAGUUUGGUUCCAACGUGACGGGCCACGGCUUCCCGGACCCCAACUACUUUACUAAUAUCCUAGGAGAGCUGGCGUCGCAGGGAGUAACGGAAGACUGUCUGGAUGAUUGCUGAGAUGACAUCGCAAGGAGAUGGAAGGAUGUUUGAAGAACAGUUGCGUUGAUAGGCUGAUAGUGAGGAGGCAUGAUAGCUCAGUAGAGCGGUGGUCGAGCAAUCCGGUGACCUGGGUUUGAUCCCUGCUACUUGCACUACUGACCUUGGAAAGGACCUUAUGCUCUUGGUCCUCUGGUGCUUGUUUUAAAGCAUUCUAUUUUUAUUUUUUUUGACAAUCGUAUCAAAUCACCACUACCACUACCGCUUCAUCAAUUUCAUUUCUCAGACUGCAAACAAAACAGUAUUAUCUUGAAGCACACCAUCUGUCAUUGUCUAAAUUCUUUCAAACCUUUGCAUACCUGUUUUCACUUUUUACACAAUUACAACUGUUUCAAAGUCUCUGGAUUUCCUUGAUGUUUGGAUUACCAUGUCUUUAUCAAAUCGUUAUUCAGGUCGAGUUGGAUAAUCGAUCCAACUUUUUUUUCAUGUUUGAUUUUGAUAUGUUCCUGUAGUGCCUAGUAUUGAAUAUUAUGGGUGGGAUUCACACAUGUGGUUUGAAUUUAGACCAUGGACUAUUCUAUUUUGUGAAAAAAUUACACUUCCUUUGGCGCAUGCAUAGGGACAGUGAUUUUCCGUUUCAAAAAAUUGCCUUUUCCGUUUCAGAAAAUCUCAAAUUCCGUUUCAGCAUGUCAGAAAACGGAAAUUCCGUUUCCCCAUAGACUUUGUACACACGGAAAAGUGACAAUUCCGUUUCCACAUUUAAUAGCAAAAUUAGACGUACCGUACACUCGCACUGGUCAAAAUUGUAUCUGCUACUGUACCAACAACACAAUAGAAUCCGUUCUAAUCGGAUCUAUGCGGGUAUAUAUA